UUCCCAGCGGUCCUCAAACGCAUCUCCUGUCAAUUGGAGUAGCUCACCGUCCUCCUGUCUGCGUCAACACCGCUCACUGCGUGUGUUUGUCGGCUUUAUCCUGCACCUUACUGGGGGGAAGACUGACCGGUCCGGUUGCUUUGUACUAAGAGGUUUGCAGUAACGUACCUGCAGGAUUUGUGGUGAUCUGUGAGCUUGUUUGCUAUUCUUGUACCUGGUGACCUGAUUUUUACUGUCCAUCUGUCUGUCGGUCUGUCUGACAGACUGAAACACCAUCACCCGAUCUCCUCGUCCACUGCUGCAUCAUGAGUGUAUGAUGUCUGAGAGCAGCUGCUAUGGCCUGCAGCAGCGGUCAGAGCAACGCCGAACCUCUGGAGGGGUUCCAUGAGGUGAAUUUGGCCUCACCUACCACCCCUGACCUUCAGAACCAAGCGGAGCAGCGCCCUCCUGUUCGUCACAGCACCCCACCCACCUCGCUGUACCGUACCCAUUCCCUGGGAGCGCCCCCUCCUGGCCUCCCCACCUCAAUGCGGGCUGAUCAACUCCCCACACAGCCGGUUUACUCCACUCCACGGCACAGCCACAAUGGAAGCGUGCCCGGCCUGGAGGCGGAAUCUGCAGAUGGCAACUUCCUGCCAGGAGAGGACAGUGAGGAGUGCAGCGCUUUGAGCGAUAGUCUGUCGCGGCUGCGCAGCCCCUCUGUUAUGGAGGUUCGAGAGAAAGGAUACGAGAGGCUGAAGGAAGAGCUGGCAAAGGCCCAGAGGGAGCUGCUGUUGAAGGAUGAGGAGUGUGAGAGGUUGUCUAAAGUCAGAGACCAGCUUGGCCAGGAGCUGGAGGAGCUCACCGCCAGUCUCUUCCAGGAGGCUCAUAAAAUGGUCAGAGAAGCCAAUGUCAAACAGGCAAAUGCUGAAAAACAGCUGAAAGAAGCCCUUGGCAAGAUUGAUGUUCUUCAGGCAGAGGUGCAGGCCCUGAAGACACUGGUUCUCUCCUCUCCCACUUCCCCUGUGGGUGAACUCCCCUCUGCAGGAUCCAGUGGGGUGAAGACUCCCUUUAGGAAGGGUCACAGCAGGAACAAAAGCACCUCGUCUGCCAUCAUGGGGACACAGCCCGACCCAUCAGCCACACAGCCCAUUGUACGAGAGUGUAGAGAGGUGGAUAGUCAGUUGUUCGGUGAGUUUAAGGUGUGGAAGGAGGAGCCGACGUUGGAUCGGAGCUGCAUCUUCCUGGAGAGAGUUUACCGUGAGGACAUCUACCCCUGCCUCACUUUCAACAAGAGUGAGCUGGGUUCAGCCAUCCUGGAAGCUGUGGAACAGAACACACUCAGUGUGGAACCAGUGGGUUUCCAGCCACUGCCAGUGGUCAAAGCCUCAGCAGUGGAGUGUGGAGGACCAAAUGGGCGAAGGGCUGAGCUCAUCACAAAAUGUGCCCUGAGCGGUCAGACCAAAACCUGUAAGCACAGAAUCAAGUUUGGAGAUUCAUCCAACUAUUACUACGUGUCUCCCUACUGUAGAUACAGAAUCACAGCAGUGUGUAAUUUCUUCACCUACAUUCGCUAUAUCCACCAAGGGCUGGUCAAGCAGCAGGACGCUGAGCAGAUGUUUUGGGAGGUGAUGCAGCUUCGCAGAGAAAUGUCCUUUGCCAAGCUCGGCUACUACAAAGACCAGCUGUGAUUGGUGGACCCUGGCCCUCCAAUCACAGACUCCGCCCCCAUGUCCUGCUCCACCUGCUGUUCUCCUCUUCCUCCUCUGUUUAAGGAAGCCCCUUCCCCUCUACCUGUGAGAACCCCUAUUGUUUUUGUGCGGGAGAGAUGAAUUCAAUCAUCAUAAAAAAACAUUUUCAUCAUUAAAAUACUCCCAAAAUGAAGGACUGAAAUCUGUUGACAUCUCACUUUGACUUUUUUUCCCAACCCCUCUAAAACUUUUUCAAUCAUUGGAAGAAAAACAAUUGUGUAAUAGGGCAGCAGCGCAUGAUUCAGUCCAUCACAGUCAAGGACUGAUUGCAUGACUGUGAUGCUACAGCAGAGAGUUAGAGCAGGUGGUUGAAGUACAAAAAAAAAAGCCAAAAGUACAAGACACACAAGUUCAAAUUAAGUUGAAGGAAAAUCAAAUCUCAAAACAAAAAUAGAAUUUUGGAGUAAAAUGUGAUUAGAAUUUUAAAGAACAGGGAAGAGGAUCUGAAAAGAAACCUCUGUACCUCCUCCUGGUUCUACUUUCAGGCUUUUGACAAUCUGAAUCCAUGAUGUAAGAUUUUGGCCAAUCAUAGAGAUAAACGGGUGAUUGACAGGUGCAGUCACCAACUGCUGUCAAGACUCCAUCAUUUCUGCUUACGGUAGAUGUCCGAGAAAAUUAAUUUUGUUCUCAAAGUCAGAUUUUCUUGUAAUUUGAUCUUUAUUUUCUCAACCUACAUUUACAGCUUUGCUCUUAAAAAAUAUUAAAAUUUACUUCAGUUCAAAAUAAUCACAUUUUUACUUUAUUUUCCAAUACAACUCUUGUUUUGAACUAAGUUAUGCACUAUUCACUUGUUUUCUCAAAAUUAUGUUUGUCAAAAUGAAUUGGUUUCUCUCUAAUAAAACCAUUUAAGAAAUUACACAGUACUGAUGCAUCAUCCCAACACAGUGGCUCUCUUGUAGCAUCACACGUUACAUUACUGCUAAAAGGACAAAGUAACUUGUGUUGAAUAUUUAUGACCUGUACAGAAACAAAAACACUAACCAGUUCACAUGAGCAGACAAUAAUUUUAUUGUUUAUAGGCUUAUUUAAUUUUAGUUCAUGUUUAGGCAGCUCAUAAAGGCAUCUGCAGUUUAAGGACCUGAAUGCUAAGAUAAUCAGUAGAUCUGUAAGAAGGUAAAAGGACAAUGGCUUUUUAUUUUUAAAUCCUUUCAUAUUUAAUUCUAGUUAUUUUGUUGUCAGGGUGGUAUCAUAUGUUAAGGAAAGACAGUAAAGGCAAACUGAACAUUCUCAGCACCAGUUAUGAUUCUUAUGCAUUUCUUUAAACCUGAGUCAAAAAAAUUGAGGGGAUUUUUCUUUUGCAGCUCCAGGCAAUUUGGUUCUGCUGUACUGAAUCAGUCAGGAAUCUGUGGAUAGUUAAGUUAUGUGUGUGUGUUGAAUGGCUGCUUUUGUGUAAACUUUGUAAAUGUUUAUUUAAAUCCGUCUGCACUCCCUCUACAUCUCUCUCUCUCAUUCAAAGUCAAUGUCACUCUCCCAGUUUGGUUUAGUGCCUUUUCUCUCAGACACUCUGAAAUAAAAACAGUAAUACCUCUGGAAA